ACGUCGCAUCGCUGAGCGCCGUGUUCAGCGCGGACAUCCAGCACCGCACGACCCAGCGCGCGGCUUACCUGGCUCCACCAAAAUAUUUGUAUAUCCCCGUGGAUGUGUGGACCGACGGAGAGCCCUGACGUCACCAUGCCAGGUAGAAAGUGAAGGCGGCUUUGGGUCGUGAGGAGGGGGGAGUAUCACUGCGGGUGUGUUUGGGGUGGCCUCUCCAUCCUGGUGAACACCUUUCGGGCUCGGACUCACGUAUGAUGAUGGACGUGCGGCUGCCGCUGCUGACUCUGCUCGCCAUUGCGGGAGGCAGCCUCGGGGCAGACACAGAGGAGCGGUUAGUGGAGCACCUCUUAAACCCAGCCCACUACAACAAACUGAUCCGACCUGCGACUAAUGGCUCCGAGUUGGUCACUGUGCAGCUGAUGGUGUCACUGGCCCAGCUCAUCAGUGUGCACGAAAGGGAGCAGGUGAUGACUACCAAUGUCUGGCUAACACAGGAGUGGCAGGAUUAUCGUCUGACCUGGGUCCCUGAGGAGUUUGAUGGGAUGCUGAAGGUCAGACUGCCCUCAAAACACAUCUGGCUGCCUGACGUGGUGCUCUACAACAACGCUGAUGGAGUGUAUGAAGUAUCAUUCUAUUCUAACGCCGUGGUCUCCUAUGAUGGUAGUAUCUUCUGGUUGCCCCCUGCCAUCUAUAAAUCAGCCUGUAAGAUCGAGGUUAAGCACUUCCCAUUUGACCAGCAGAACUGCACGCUACGUUUCCGCUCCUGGACCUACGACCGCACAGAGAUUGAUCUGGUGCUCCGGGCUGAUGUAGCUAGCAUGGAUGACUUUACGCCCAGCGGGGAAUGGGACAUCAUUGCCCUUCCAGGCAGACGAAAUGAGAACCCAGCCGACCCCACCUACGUGGACAUCACUUAUGACUUCAUCAUCCGCAGGAAGCCUCUUUUUUACACCAUUAACCUCAUCAUCCCCUGUGUACUCAUCACAUCUCUGGCCAUCCUGGUCUUCUACCUGCCCUCUGACUGUGGAGAGAAGAUGACCCUCUGCAUCUCUGUGCUGCUCGCCCUCACUGUGUUCCUGCUGCUGAUCUCCAAGAUCGUCCCACCCACUUCACUAGACGUCCCUCUUGUAGGGAAGUAUCUGAUGUUCACCAUGGUUCUGGUCACCUUCUCUAUUGUCACCAGUGUGUGUGUGCUCAAUGUACACCACCGCUCACCCACCACACACACCAUGCCUCCUUGGGUUAAACUAGUGUUCCUUAACAAGCUUCCAGCUCUGCUGUUCAUGCGGCAACCAAGAAACAGCUGUGAACGCCAGCGGUUGCGUCAAAGAAGGAGGGCCCAGGAGCAGAAGGAGGGCGGGCGUGGUGGAGAGGCGGGGGCUUUGAUGGUGGGCCUUGGACUGGGUAGCGCUGGUGGGAAUGGAGGGGCAGCUUCCACAGGCGUGUUUAACAAAGACGACAGUGACCCUUGUACCUGCUAUGUGAACCGGGCAUCUGUUAAACAGUUUGGGGGAGAUCUGGGAGGUGCAGGAGGGGGGUCCAUGGAUGGUCUCAACAGAGUGAGGGAGGGCCGGGAGGGGAGUGCUGGAAAUAUGCCACGGGGAAAACCAGCGGCAGGAGGUCCUGCUCUGACUCAGGCUCUGCUGGCUCAAGCCUGUCCAGGCUUUGAAGAGGCUGUGGAAGGAGUACGCUUUAUUGCCAACCACAUGAAGAGCGAGGAUGAUGAUCAGAGUGUGAGCGAAGACUGGAAGUAUGUUGCCAUGGUGAUCGACCGCCUCUUCCUAUGGAUCUUUGUGUUUGUGUGUGUGUUUGGAACAAUGGGCAUGUUCCUGCAGCCGCUCUUCCAGAAUUACACAGCCAAGACCAUCACCAGUACACCAGGCUGACCAUCCUGAGGCCACGGACUCGCUGAUGGACAGCUCCUCCCAAUCAAUCAGCAUGAGGACAAGGCUGAAGGUGGGGGGAGCAGGUCUGGCUUUUAUUGUGUCUUUGGAACUGGAAACAGAACAGGAACUGAACAGUGAUCACGCCCAUUACCUUUAUAAUAACGAUUUUUGCAAUGAACUGUUUUUCUUGUAUGACGAAAAAGGAAAAACCAUCAUACUCCUACUACCUGCAGUUUUUUGUCCAGAUGUUUUAUGGACUGACCUCCCCCUUCUGGUUGACAGGCCCCUCCCUGCUCUCCUCCUCAGGUAGCCAGGGAGGGAGGAUGCCCUUAUUUAUUCCGUGUUGAACCUUACGCCAGCCAAACAAUUUUAUCUGCCCAGUGCUGACUGCUUAAUUGUCACAUGACAUGCCCGCCUUCAACUACGAGAGACCUUACCUGUUUGCAGUUCUGACCGAAGAAAGUAGGAGCUAGUCAGAAAGGGAAGGGAAGUUCAUAUCAAGGUUCUGAUAUAUUUAUUUUAUUUUUUCAGAAAUCCACAAUGUCAGUAAACUGAUUCAGUAUAUUUUAUCAUAGCCUAGCAGCUUACCACAGUAUAGCAUCAAGUAUAUAUUAUUAAGAUUUCUCUAUAUGUUAGCUCAUGCGAGGGUCUGUUGCUGAUAGAAAGGCUAUGGUGUGUGUUGUAUGAUUGUAUAGAUUAAACAAGAAUGUGAUAUAAACUGUAAUACACAGCCUGUGAUGCGCACACUAACACAAUAUGUGUACAAGCAACAGCAGAUUACAAAGGAGUUUAAUAAAUACAAAGAGGAUAUGUAUAUUAAAGGAAGUUCCAGGAUGCAUUAUUAGAUGAAAGUAAAAGGGAUAAAGUAAUAGAUUUUGCAUGGACAGUUUUUCCGUAGAGAGUUAUGCACAAUAAGUAGAGUACAGCAACAGCCGGCUGUGCCAGAGUGCUCAGCUGCAGACAGAUGAGUUUAGCUCUGAGCCAAGAUGGUGAAAAUAACCUCAUAUAUGACCGACAGUGAAUAUCAGAACAUGAUUUUUCUAUGAAGGAAGUUCUCAGAGCUCACUGAUGGGCAAAGAUCGGUACUGGCAAAAGUCAAUUAAUUUAAGUGUGUCGUGGAGAAAAGGGGUUUUUAGUCAUGGAAAUUAAGCUUUUGUGUGUAUUAAUAUGUGAUUUCACAACUGUUCAUUUCUGUCAUUGCUUUGAUACUGAUAUCAGAGUAAAAUGCCUCUCCUCUCCUCUCCUCUCACUUCAUGUAUGUACUUUUCUGAAAGUAUGUUUGUAUGUGUGUGUGUGUGUGUGUGUGUGUCUAUAUGUGAUCCAUACUGUCACAUAUGAUCACAUCUGUCAGAUACAAUGAUCAGGACAGCAUGUGUAUGUCAGCCCUACUCUAUACCUCUCCCUCUUCUUCUCUGGUCUUCCAUGGACAAAUACAUGUCAUUUUGUCCAAUCAGAAUACUGAUAACCUACAUACCCUACACACCUGCUCUCUUUUAAUCAUGAAAUGGCUGAUUUGUCAUAUUUUCACAACCCUCCAGGUCUGCUGACAGUGAUGCAAAAGGUCUUUUCAGGCACACAGAAUAAACUGAAUAAAUUAAUAUUUCAGUACAAAAGAGAGAAAGGACAACAGGAUCAACGCUGAUGCAGUCAUGCCCGGUAAUAAGUCACAGGUGCAAAAUCAUAAGCAGAAAAGAUUACGCAAAGGGUGAUACAUGGAACUAAAUAUUGUUUGUGUUGAAGCUGAAGAACAAUAGACUGAAAAAUUACAGCAAGAGCAAGCACAAUUCCCACAGUGAGGAGUAAAGGAGACUCUACAGACAAAGGACUGUUACUGCUGAUGCAUAUGAAAGCCACUAUAAACCGCUGAAAAAAUGGCGCCUAGUACUCAGUCACUGUCACUCUGUGAGAGUUUCCCCGUCUUUUUAUGGUCAUGUGGCCAAGACUGCAGUCCAUCUCAGUUCUGGACCAGGAGUCUCUUCUCUUUUUCUGUCUCUGUGUCUGGGGGACGGGAGUACCCAGGGAAUUCCCAGCAGAUCCUGAAAAAGUGUGAAAAGCCUAUCGGACACCUGUGAAAAAAAAAAAAAAAUGUGGGCUGCUCCACACGGACAGUGUUGUCCACUCUAUCUCUCUUUGACCUUUCCACUUGCCUUCCUUUCUCACUUCCUCUCUCAUUAUACUCCCUCAUUUUUCACCCUCUACUGAUUCUCAGAUCUGCUCCUGUGCACACCUUAAUCAGUCCAAUAAAGGUUGUAGGUUCAGAUUAAUC